AUAUAAAGUGAUCGUCUCUCGAUGAUGAACUUGGUUUCAUCAAUUUUUCUGUGUUCACUCAUUAUUAUAAGAAUUGGUUUGAGAACAUAUAUUUUUGUUUUAGUAUAAUUAAGAAGUAUUUUCUGAAUAUCACUGCUUAUGACUGAAAAUCUGGCCAAGCCGUUUUUGAUGAUCUAUCGACCCCACGAUGGACCUCCACAACAUCACCUCCAACAUGACGGACCAACACCAGGAGAACCUCUUCCCAUUGGUCGUACAAAUCAUCCAAACCAUCCUGUUCACCGUGGUUUGCCUGGUGGGUCUCGUAGGCAACACCCUGGUCAUCUACGUGGUCAUACGCUUCUCCAAGAUGCAGACGGUCACCAACAUGUACAUAGUGAACCUCGCCAUCGCUGACGAGUGUUUUCUGAUCGGCAUCCCGUUUCUGAUAGCGACCAUUUUGCACCGGCACUGGAUCUUCGGAUACAUCGCUUGCAAGGCCUACAUGAUAUCCACUAGUAUCAAUCAGUUUACUAGCUCCAUUUUGUUAUGUAUCAUGAGUGCUGACAGGUAUAUAGCCGUCUGCCACCCUAUAUCAUCCCCGAGAUGGCGCACCCCCUUCAUCUCUAAAAUCGUCUCGCUUCUCGCAUGGACGUCCAGCAUCUUCCUCAUCAUCCCCAUCAUCCAACACGCCAAGGAGAUCGAAUAUGGCGGCAAAAAGUCGUGUGUCAUCGAAUGGGGAGACACGGAUAACGUCACCUACUACGAGAUCUACGACAAUGAGACGACGGACGAACUCGACAGCGCCCCGGCGAAGAUCUUCACCCUGUACACUUUCAUCUUCAGCUUCGCCAUACCGUUGGCGCUGAUCUUGGUCUUCUAUUGGCUGGUGAUCAGGAAGCUGAAGACCGUAGGGCCGAAGAACAGAUCGAAGGAGAAGAAGAGGUCUCACAGGAAGGUCACAAAUCUGGUAUUGACCGUGGUCACGGUCUAUGUUAUUUGCUGGCUGCCAUAUUGGAUUACGCAGUUGGCGUUGAACGGCAGCACUGACACGUUUUCAAUUACUCUGCAUCUGCUCGCAUCUUGCAUGAGCUAUUCGAACUCUGCCGUCAAUCCCAUAUUGUACGCUUUCCUGAGCGACAACUUCAAAAAAAGCUUCUUGAAAGCCUGCACUUGCGCUGCCAACAAGGACGUCAACGCGACGCUUCAUUUGGAAAACAGCGUUUUUCCGAAGAAGCUAAAACCUGUUUCGGAAAGAUUGCGGCCGAGCAGGACGAGAGGCACUUCGAUUUGCGCCAACGAUGACGACGAGGACGCAGGAGGUCCUCUGGUGAGCAAAGGCGACGCUUCGACCUCGGCUGUCACUGUCAACAGCCGCAACACGACGAUGUGCGAUAGCAGCGACAGUGUGUCGAACAGGAGCACUAAGAGCAGCCUGAUGAAGAACGGUGGGUCGACCGUGUCGCAGCCUACUUCGCUAUAAAAGGAGCGGCGAACGGACAAUUUUUCGAUUUUUGCCGGUGUUUGUUGAGAUUUUGGAGUUGAGUUUGCGCAAUAGUACGAAGAAAAUGGAAGUGACCUAGACCUUGAACAAAUAGUCAGCCAACAAAAGCGCCGUCUACGCAGUAAUAUAUAGGCAUUUUUUCUUCCUUUCUUCCGCUCUUCUUUUGUUUCUUACCUUAUUUUUCUCUUUCAUUGGAAAAUAUAUGGUUAUUCUUGUCCAUUCAACCUUGAAUGUGGGCGUUUCAAAAUAUAUGACAUAAGGAAUCAUUUAAAUUUGGAAAUAAACUAACAUGCACUACACAUUUCGUAAUUGUUUAUAUUGAAAUGCAGUCCAUUACCAAUACGAAAAGUGUUAAUCUAUCAUCAUUGGUCCUUCGAGCCGGAUAGCCGGUAGAAGAAAAAUUUCUAGUUCGAGUUU